GCUUCGUCCUCGCGACCGCGAGGCCGGCUGUUGCCUAUAAAGUUUGACGGCGAGCCGGCGCGGGUCACGUGAGCGGAAGAUGGCGGCCCCGGCAGGCGCGGGCGGUCCCGCGGUGUCGGUGCUGGCCCCGAAUGGGCGGCGCCACACGGUGAAGGUGACCCCGAGCACCGUGCUGCUGCAGGUUCUGGAGGAAACAUGCCGGCGACAAGACUUCAACCCCAGUGAAUAUGACCUGAAGUUUCAGAGGAACGUGCUUGACCUCUCUCUCCAAUGGAGGUUUGCCAACCUACCCAACAAUGCCAAGCUGGAGAUGGUGCCCAUCUCCCGGAGCCGUGAGGGGCCUGAGAACAUGGUCCGCGUCGCUCUGCAGCUCGAGGAUGGCUCAAGGUUGCAAGAUGCUUUCUGUUCGGGCCAGACGCUCUGGGAGCUGCUCUGCCAUUUUGCACAGACCAGGGAGUUCCUGGAGCAGCCGUGCGAGGCAAGCCCAGUCUGCGUGUACAUGAGGGCCGAGGUGACAGGCAGAGCCGCCUUGCAGGGCACGACACUGCAGUCACUGGGCCUCACUGGGGGCAGCGCCAUCAUCAGGUUUGCCAUGAGGCGAUGUGACUCUGCUAGCAAGCAGGAGCCUGGGGUCCCCCGGAUGAAAACCCCAGGCGGCCCAAUGGCCUCAGUGCCGGCUGACCAGGCAACCAGCAGCCCCCUGCUGCUGCUGGACCUGGCGGGGCUCCACCAGGGCGAUGUGAGCCACCAGGACGAGGUGGGCGCCUCAGGGACCAGCUGUGCGGAUGGCCGGGCCCCAAAGCCGGUGAACACCCAGGCGAAGCCGAUCUCCAAGGAGCCUGCCCCAGCCUCCUUUGUUCCUUUCUCGGGUGGGGGACAGCGCCUGGGGGGGCCCUCUGGGUCUGCGAGGUCUCUGAUGUCACCUUCAGCCAAAUUGCCCAAGACCUCCUCCAGCCCCGGAGGCCCCUCGAAGCCGAAGAAGUCGAGGCCCGGCCAGGAGCCGCAGCGGGUGCAGGAGCUGCCGGUUGACCGAGACCCCGUGGUGUGCCACCCUGACCUAGAAGAGGGGCUCCAGGCCUGGCCUGCAGAUCUGCCUGACGAGUUCUUUGAAGUGACUGUGGAUGAUGUGAGAAGACGCCUGGCCCAGCUCAGGAGUGAGCGGAAAUGCCUGGAGGAAGCCCCCUUAGUGACCAAGGCCUUCAGGGAGGCUCAGAUGAAGGAGAAGCUGGAGCGAUACCCCAAGGUGGUCCUGAGGGUCCUGUUCCCUGACCGCUACAUACUACAGGGCUUCUUCCGCCCCAGUGAGACAGUGGGGGAUCUGCGGGACUUUGUACGGGACCACCUCGGGAACCCUGGGCUGCCGUUCCACCUGUUCGUUGCUCCUCCUAAAGCCAUCCUGGAUGACCAAGCACUGACCCUCUUUCAGGCACACCUCUUCCCUGCUGCCCUUGUGCACUUCGGAGCUGAGGAGCCGGCAGGCCUCUACCUGGAGCCCGGGCUGCUGGCACACACGGUCUCCCCAUCUGAGGCUGACAUGCUCGUGGCCAGGUGCAUGUCCAGGGCUGCUGGGAUCCCACCCCUGCUGCCAGCCCCUGACCCUGUACCCCUUGAGUUGGAGCCACCUACUGAGGAGGGGACAGUGGGGUCCCCUGAGCCCAGCCCUGGGGUGGCGCAGCCUGUGAGGAGGGAUCUAGGCAAGGUGCCCAAGUGGCUGAAGCUGCCAGCAGCCGGCAAGAGGUGAGCGCCGCCAGCCUGCAGGUGCCCACUUUGUUGGCCACAAGACGCCUCCCCACCCUGAGUGCGAAUAAAGGCGUGAGCUUCUGGAGA